CCGCCCUUGCAGCUCGGAGAGGGUGCUCAGCGGGAAGGGGGGGUCACUAAGAGGGGCAUGGCCGGGGCCGCGGCCGGGGCGCUGGCGGCGGCGGGGGCGGUGCGGUGCCGUGCGGGCGGCGCCGCCCGGCACAUAUAAGCGCGGCGCGGUGCGGCGGGGCCCCGGCGCCGGUGCUGCUGCCGGUACCGUCCCUCCCCGCCAGCUCCCUCCGGGCUGCCCGUCCAUUCCUCCGGCCGGCCGUCCUGCUCUCCAUUCCCGCCCGCUUCGUUUUCUCGCCGUCCGCGGGCUCGGGCCCCCCACGCCGCUGCCACCCUGAAGUUUCUGGCGGUGCUGCUGGCGGCGGGCAUGCUGGCUUUCCUUGGAGCCAUCAUCUGCAUCAUCGCCAGCGUCCACCCGGCCGGCACCGCUGCGCCCGCCGCCGCCGACAAUGACUCGGCCGCCGCCGCCCUCCUGCCCGCCGACAAGGGGCUGGGAGCACUGCACGGCCCCGCCGAGGCUCUGGCCAGCGCCGGGCCGCGCCUGCCGGGGGGGCCGCCGCUCUUCAGCCGCUUCGUCUGCACCCCGCUGAGCACCGAGUGCCCGGCCACCGGCACUGGCACCACCGCCGGCAGCGCCGCCGGCCCCGAGGAGCUGCUGGCGCUGCGGAGCGCGGCGGCCCAGCUGCGUCGCACGGCGCUGGAGCAGAAGGAGCAGAUCCGCAUGGACCAGGAGACCAUCCGAGAGCUCACCGGCAAGCUCAGCCGCUGCGAGGGCGGCCUGCGGAGCCCCCCCGCCGCCGCCGGGCUCCGCGCCGCCCCGCGCCCCGGCACCAUGGGCCACCCUCCGGACGAGCCGCCCGCCGUGCGGGAGCUAGAGGAGGCUGUCCGCAUUCUCAAAGACCGAAUCGACCGGAUAGAGGAGCUGCCAGCCCGCACCAAUGGCUCAGCACCCACUGCCCCGGCACUUGCCCGUGAUGCCCUCCACACCAAGAUGGAGCAGCUGGAGGAGCAGCUCCUUUCCAAGAUCCUGACCCUACAGAAGGAGCGCCAGGCUGCCAGCACUGACCGCAGCCAGCAGCAUCACAACAUCGAGAAGGAGCUGAACUCCCUCCAGAACCGCGUGACGGAGCUGGAGCAUGGAUCACUGGGCUACAGCCCUCCUGAUGCCUUCAAGGUGACCAUCCCGGUGCAGAACAACUACAUGUAUGCCCGCAUGCAGAAGAGCCUGCCAGAGCUGUACGCCUUCACCAUCUGCAUGUGGCUGAAGUCCAAGGCCCUGGCAGGCAUUGGCACCCCAUUCUCCUACUCUGUCCCAAGCCAAGCCAACGAGAUUGUGCUGUUGGAGUGGGGCUCUAACCCCCUGGAACUGCUCAUCAAUGACAAGGUUGCCCAGCUGCCACUGAGUCUGAAGGACAAGGCCUGGCACCACGUUUGCGUGGCAUGGACCACCCGGGAUGGCAAGUGGUCAGCAUACCAGGAUGGUGAACAGCGGGGUGCCGGCGAGAAUCUGGCCUCCUGGCAUUCUGUCAGGCCCCAGGGCAUCAUUAUCCUGGGUCAGGAGCAGCACCUUGCUCUGCUUCUCCCUAACUUCUCCCUCUCCCUUGCUUUUUCCCACUGGAUGCAUGUUCCUCCUCUUCUCUUCAUCUCUGUCCAAUCACCUCUCCUGCUCUUUCCCAGGACACCCUGGGGGGCCGCUUUGAUGCCACACAGGCCUUCGUGGGAGAACUGGCGCAGUUUGGUGUGUGGGACCACAUGCUGGCGCCAGCAGAGAUCCUGGGCUUGGCUAACUGCACCUCCCACCUUCAAGGGAAUGUGAUCCAGUGGGAUGACCAGGCAGUGGAGGUCUUUGGAGGUGCCAGCAAGGCGGGCUUUGCUGCCUGUGAGGAAGGGAGGAAGGCAUGAGUGGCCCCCAGCCCUCUCCCCAGCACCAAGGAGCCCAGUGGCAGCCCUGAAGCAGGAAGCCCUUUCUCCCCUCCCAGACCACUAAGCCUUGCUGGGGCAAUACUUGAGCCCCUCAUGCUGGUGUCCCAGGAGGGAGAGGGGCCCCUGGAAGCCUCCCUGUUGUCCCUGUGCUGGUGUUGUGGCUUGUCCUCAUUCCUGGAAGCUGUCUCCUGAGUCUCAUCUUGCCUCACUUCUGUUUUAGAUGGAACUUGCUGUACCUGCAGGUGUUCUUGGUACAGUGAGGGUCCUCACCAUGUAAAACCUAACAGGGAGUGGGAAGGAGGACUCCAUCUACUUUGAGUGCAGUCCAGCCUCAGUGGGAUGCCAGGGUGCAGGCAUCACCUGAACACAUCCUUUUUCCUUAUUUAUUUCUAGCAACCUCCUUGUCUGGUUUUAUGAGCCUGCAUUCCAGGAUCUCACCUCCAGCCCCAUCCUUCUCCUGCUGCCUUGGUUUUUCAAAUGUGGCCCCAGGGAAGCUGAGGGAGAAUGACACAGUAUCAAAUCUGUGUCAUUCAAAAUCAGUGGCACAGUAUUUAUCCACCUGCAUCCCUUUCCCUGCCUCUGCUGCCUGUUUGGGCAGGGCUGCCCAAGGGGGGCCAGGCUUUUGAGGCAGAGGGAAGAGAGCACUCCCAACCACUUCCAAGCUGGGGGAUGAGUCAGUCACCAAGGAAAUGGGGGGACAGAGGCAAAGCAUCUCCCCCAGCGCUGGCCAAGGGGGAAAGAGUGCAGCACUGCCAUCAAAGGGAGCAAAAGCAAAAAAAAGGGAUGGAGGAUGGUGACGGUCAGAGAAGCCCUGACCUCCAUCCCUCAGUCUUUUGGUACUGAAUUGGGCUACUGCCCUUGGUUGCACCUAGGUCCCUAGGUUCUUUAGCUGCUCCUUGCCAGGAACAGGGCUGCCACUGACCUUGAAACUGGGAGGGUGAAAGAGUUGACUGAUGUUUUCCCUGUGGAGUGCCUGAGAAUAUGCUUUUUCCACAUUGUGUGGUCACCAACAUCUUGAUAUGUGAUUGUGUGUACGUGCACAUGUUUGUGUCUGGGGGAUGGGGUGGGAGGGUUAUUUUGGGGCUCUCAUGGUUGCUUAAUGCAGUGUUCAGCUUCCAGUGUUUGCCCCUACCCCAAGUCCCACUUUGGGUGACAGCUGCCCCUGCCCCUGGGAGAGGCAAAGCUGGCAGAAUGAACACCCCUGCCACGCCCCAUGCCCCCCCUCAGGUUCUCUGCCAGUGCUGGGGUGGCUCGGCCCACUGGGGAUGGCACAGCGGGGAUGAGGAGCAGCCCUUGUGCCAAGUGGGAACACCAUGACCUUUGUGCACCCUGAGGAGCUUCCCCCUCUCUCUCGCUUGCUUGCACGCUUUCUCUAAUGCACGUUUGUGAAAAGGGCCCCUGACACGCACCCGUGUUGGGACAUUUCUUUUGUAAAGCUGAUUGUGAACAAUAAAAGUGAUGUUUUCUGUUCGA